CGAUGCCAUCCCAGCAGUAAGGUGCUCCCAAUGCAAUGUUGCUUGUUGGGGACGGGAGUGGUGGCAUGUCAACGGAACCGUUGUGUGAUGGUGCUCUUAGGCAGAAGCUCAGUCUGCAUGCUGCAUCAUCUGAGUACGUCCUCAAUCGCAUCAUCCGGGACAUAGGGGCUGGUGUCCACCCGAUGGAGCAUGUGAAUGGUGGGCGUGUUGGGGGUCAUGUUGUUGCCUCGCAAAUAACCCCCUCGCACACACCUCCCUGGUGUGGAUCGUCCGACGGUGCAGCUGCGGGCACUCCGCCCCCAUUCACUAGGGAGUCCGCGUCGAAUCACACACCUCCCCGGUGUGGAUCUUCCGGAGGUGUACCUGCGGACACCCCGUCCCCACUCAUCAGGGAUGGCUGUUCUCACACACCGCCUACCAGAGAACAAGGCCCGAGAACGUCUACGGGAGGGCCAUCUGAGGGCCACCCUCGACAGCCGUGUCCGGGGGAGAAGAAUACGGAUCGGUGGGGGGAGACCGGAAUUGAGUGGUUGUGCCGGUACAGAAAUGAGGUGAAGGUGUUGAUGGGGGAAGAGGCGGAAGUGUACGGGCGCGCGAGGCUGAAAGCUGGUUUUUGGAAGUAUGUGGAAGAGCGCACGUGUGCGAAGGGUUACAACCGUGUAGACGACCAGUGCAAGAACAAGUUCAACCAGAUCCUUGAUUACUAUAGAACAUUAAAGGCGCACGAGAGCUGGUCCGGUUUGCCGAGCUACUGGGACAUGAAUCAGACAAGGCGGAAGAAGUACAACGUCGACUUUGUGCUUCGUCGAAGUUGGUAUGACGUCAUAGACCCGGCGGAGAAGGACAAGGACUCUAUUAACCUCUCUAAUUUGAUGGAUUCAUGGGCGGACGAGGAGCGUCUUGAAGAUGGAGAGGGGGUGAAUGACGCUGAUGGGGAGAUGGAUGGUGGGGGUGAACAUCCGGCCGCCGGGUCUGCCGGUUCGGCCGGUGGCUCACAGUCGACAGGUUUUGAGCCGACGCUCGGGAAACGAAAAAGAACUGCCAGCAAUGCACGUGAAUCGGGUGUACAGGCUGUGACAGUUGCUAUGCGUGCUCACACGACAGCACUGACACAAUCAGACCUCACUAUCGCGAAGAUGCGUUGUGAAGCGACACGUGACAUCACUAAGCAGCAAGCUGAAGUUCAUCGCGAGCUUGUGCAGCAAGACAUUGCGUCGCGUGAAAGGAUAGCUAACAUGAUGGGGGACAAGGUGGAGAAGGGCUAUUUCGUGUUUGUUGACGCCAUUCGCAGCUUACGUUUUCGUACAAACAGUCCAUGUAGUGAUCCGGAUAUCAACGAAUCCCGGUAGUCCAUUUUGUGUUGCAGCUCGUAUGGGUAGUCAAUGUAUUUAUUGAUUUUGAUAUUAUUGCUUUGUGUUC